GCUGGCCCGCAGCAUGGUGAGCGCCAACAUGGCUAACUACUCCGAAGACUGCUCAGACAUUUCAGAUGACUUCACUAGCGGGACAGAAACACAUCAUCCACCCGCCAUGCCGGCCCCUCUCCCGACUCACCCACGAGCGGAUACGUCCCCG